CUCCGGCGUUCGUUCCGAAUUUGCCAUUCAUCGAAGUAGCUUCUUAACAUGGCGGUAUCGAAUAGCCGUGCGUUACUAAUAUUGGUGGUGAGUUGUUGUCUCCAUGUUACUGUUAGGGGCAACAUAAUCCGGCUUUUUUCAACAAACCCGCCGGAUUUCGUCAAUGUUUCUGAUCUUAGGGCCAGCAUAAGAACUGUGGUUGACAACCUGGGAAAUCGACUUCGGUGCGAUGAACAUGGACUCAAACACGCCGAAUGUGUGAAGUGUUUAGAUACAGACAACAUCAUUCAACUGCUGAAGCUAGAUCCUUUGUCCAAGUCUGUGUCUAGACAGAGCGCUGAAGAUUUGGCUGUCUUUCUUGCUCACCAAAUCCUGUACUUCGAAUCCAUGUGCAUAUCUUUCGCAAAAGGGUGUGCCAGCAUUGAAGGAUGCGAAGACGAAGUUUUGGAAGUCAUGGGAAGAUAUUCCACAUCCACAGAAUCCUUGGUGAAAGUCCUUAGAAUUUUCAAGCUCUAUCUGAAAGAAGGGGAUAGCAAAAAGUGUUUUAGUGCGGAAGAAGUCUUAAACGAAUUGCCUUAUAGUUAUAAUGGAAAAGAUGCAGUUAAAGAAACUCGACAUUUGUUCGCCGUCGUUAUGGGUCGAAUAAUUGAAGGAAAAUGUAUUGACAUUGGAGAGUCGACCACAGACUUUUUGGAUGAUAUUUUUCAUCAUUAUGGAGACAACUGCUCACCUUACAUGAGUUUAGAUGGCCUAAAACGCAUGAUACAUGACUUACAAAGUGGUAAAGGCAAUGACCACGAUCACAGUCAUCAUCACUCACACCAUCACGACAAUGCAAACGAAGAUGUACACGAAUGUGAUCAUGUGCAUGGCCAUUUUGCUCAUAGCCAUCAUGACCAUAACCAUGAUCAUGAACACGAUCAUCCUCAUGCAGAUAAUUAUCGUAGCCAUCCUCAUCAUGGUCCCAUCCAUAAUCAUCACGACCACGAUCAUUCCGGUCAUGAUCAUGGUCAUGACCACUCACAUGAUCAUGGAGAUGCAGAUGAUUUCCACGAUUAUUUUCGAAACAAACACGCAAGUUCAUUGCCUAAAGACAAAACAACAGCGCCAAAUAGAGAUUCGAAUCAAAGUGAUGGAGCAGCAUCGUUUGUCACUGAAUCAUCCACUCCUGUUCCUUCUGAAAAGACUACAGAAGGCGAAAUCAAUACCAGUAAAACAACAGUCUAUUUCGAAGCAUCAGAUAUGGAAGCUUCUAAUGACACAUCAACAAUUCCCCAAGAUAAAACCUCAGAAACUCCCCUCUCAAGUGAUGAUAGUGAUUUUGCUAUGAAUCGAAGUCGCCGAUCGACUAUGGAAGAAAAAGACUUCAUCGCUCCAGCGGCAUCGCUAAGAAGCGAUUUAUCGCACCCAGAAAAGAAGCAUCGAAUUGAGAUGCAUCAGUCAUCCCCAUCUCCAAGAGAUGAUGUAAAGAAGGUAUAUUUAUUGCAGAAUGAAGAGCACAAUCGAUAUGUUGAUCUGGAACCGAGCGGAAUUCCCCAUCAGUUUGCUAGCCUUGCUUCUAAGUGUUUGAGCCCGGAAGACCUCAUGCAGAAAUUUGGCCACCGAGAGAACAGUACUAUCACUAAAAGUGACUUCUUGGAAUUAUGUCCAGCUUUGAUCCAGCAGAUAGUCAGUGGGGUUUGCACUGAUUCAGCUUUACCACCACCUCCUCUGCCAUCUCGCAUGGAAACAUAUGGUUAUGGAUCUCUGUCGGUUUUCAUCAUAAGUUUGACUUCGCUGGCCGGCGUUCUGCUUUUACCUAUAAUGACAAAACGUGCUUACAACUAUAUCAUAUCCGGAUUUUAUGGUUUGGCAUUCAGUACUCUUGCCGCUGAUGCCCUGCUACAUCUGAUGCCUCAGUUUCUUGGUCUUCAUACCCAUGGUCCCGGUGAGGACCACGGCCAUUCGCAUGAGGGAGGUUACUUCGAACCUUACGCACAACUACAGUUGGGUGUCUUCUUCACCAUCUAUGGACUCUUCUUGUUCGAAUCUAUUAUGUGUGCUAUCCAAAAGACUGACCACCAUUCUCACGGCCAGGAGAGUAAAGGACACGGUCACAGUCAUGUUCACCUUCCGGACGAGUUACCCACCUUGAUAUCGGUCAAGACCAAGUCCGAGACGCAAUUGCCUGUGUCAAGAGACCAGUCCAGUUCUUCUCUGGACACUGAAAUUGUCGAAGUCGAAGCAAUUAAAAAGCCACCGAAUCUUAUGGUCAAUAAACCAAUCUUCUUAGGUCUCACUUCUAUGGCUAUCGUCGUGACACUUGGCGACUCCAUUCACAAUUUUGGCGAUGGUUUGGCUAUCGGAGCAGCAUUUUCCACCGGAAUACGGGGUGGCUUAUCAACGUCUAUAGCUGUUUUCUGUCAUGAGCUUCCGCAUGAAUUCGGUGAUUUCGUCGUUCUUUUAUCGACUGGCUUGUCCUUCUCCAAGGCCCUGUGGAUAAACUUCCUAAGUGGCCUCACUUGUUUCGUGGGUCUUUACAUCGGCAUUCUCAUCGGAGACAACGAAGUCGCCAGGCAGUGGGUGAUGGCCGUCACGGCUGGCAUAUUUUUAUACGUUGCUUUAGGAGAAAUGCUACCGGAAUUGAGGGAACAUCACCAAGGAUCCCGUGCAAAGAUGCUACUGGUGAAGAACAUUGGAAUUCUUGCUGGUAUCGCCAUCAUGGUUCUCAUAUCCAUUUACGAACAAGAACUCGUAUGAUAGUUAGCUCUUUUCAUUUUAGUGUACAAAGUAGCCGACGCAGUGCAAGUGUCUUCCAAUCUGUAUUUAUAUCUUAACAUGAUUUUCACUUCAUCUGAAUUCGUCAGUUUCAUGAACUAUGAUUGAAGGAUUUGUGAUUGCAAUAUGUGUCAUAAUGAAUCAUAAUAAAGAUCUUAACCCUUAAGCUUGUUGCUGGCUGUGUAUGAAAUAGAAGCAUUUUAUAGAAAGAUCUUUUAUAUAUAUAUAUGAUGGAAAUACUGUGCUGGAAUUUUUUCCACUUUUACACAAAAAUUCAUAUUUUGUAUGAAAGAGAAAAUAUUCAUGUUUCGUUAGUGAUUUUUUUUAAUUCAUGAAAUCAUUAACAUCUUACACCCUUCGAUUAUUUAACUUUUGGUUAACUUCCACGACAAAUGUUAUCGCUUCUUUGUUCGCGUAUCUGAUGACAAUCAUUAGGAACUCAAAUUGAUUUAGAAAAAUUAUACAUUGUAUAUGAAGCUCAAUUAAUAUUUCUAAACAUCAUUUAAGUUUUAAUUGGGGAAAGCUUUCAAUCUGAUUUAAUUUUAAAUAACUCUAAUUACUUACUGUGGAUAAAGUUUCUUGUUUCUUUCUGAAAAGUUGAAAAUAUUUCCAACUGUUUCCCCCACCCCUUUUUUUUUCAUUGAUUUAAAAAGGGUUAGAAAAACAGUUCUUGUAUGUGUGUGUUUUUAUUGAAUCCUCGUUUUAAGAGAAUAUUUUUAGAUUUCGUAAAGCUGUCAAGACAAACAUUACAUUUUUAAUGUAUUAUAUUUUACCUGAAAUUCAUAAAAUGCUUUGAUUUCAUAACCUGUCUGUAACAAGCAUAAUAAAUUUAAAAGAAAUGAUAAUUUCAACGGUGAAAUCUGUUCUUUUAAAGUGAAUUUAAUGAACAGAAUUCAAUAAAUUAAUGAAUUCAUAAGAGAACAUUCCAGGAAUAAGGAAUCUCGAUUUAAUGACUAAAUGGAACGAAAGUAUACAAGUGUGGGUGACAUAUCAUUUAAUGUAGCUCAUUACAAAUACUUAUUAGAAGAAGGGGAGGGGAGGUCAUGUACAAAAUCAGACUUUAUUCUUUAAAUCCCAAUCCAAUUGGAAGUUCAUUCCAUCGAGAAUUAACAUGUGAAAGAACGAUGUGAUAAUUUUGAAAAACAGUAUCUGAUUAACUAAAGGGUCUGUUAUUUUUAAAAAAUUAGUGAUUGAUACAAAGAAUUGUUGAAAAGUUCCUAUGAAUCGAAUGAUUGUUGUUAUUUGCAGCUGAAUGUUGAAAAUGAGAUUUCAUCAUGACUAUGUUGAUAUUUAUGACAUUUUUAUGAUGUCUAGUCUUGCGUAUAGAUCAUCAUCAUCUGUGUUUUAUCAUUUAUUGUUUUGAAUUGCUAGAAAUUGUAAGAAUAAGCAGCUUAAACAAAUUAUCUAUUCUUCAUACGUUUUUGUAUGAUGUAUUGUUUAGUGUUAUCAUGAUUUUGCUAUACAUUUUUGAAAAAAAUAGACCUUUGGUAUUUUUUAAGGUGAU